AUGGAGCCGGGUUGGGAGAGGAACAGCACUCCCUGCAGUGACCCUGGGGACGUCCUGACCCAGGCAGGGGAUCUCAACUGGACUCUCUUCCACACCCGAGAUGAGGAGCUAGCCCGGGCCGAGAUCGGGGUGCUGGCCACCAUCCUGGCAGUUGCCACCGUGGGCAACCUGGGGGUGCUGCUGGCCAUGUACCGGCUGAGGAAGAAGAUGAGCAGGAUGCACCUCUUCAUCCUGCACUUGGGACUGACCGACCUGGGGGUGGCGCUUUUCCAGGUGCUGCCCCAGAUGAUCUGGGAGGUGACCUACCGCUUCCUGGGGCCCGACCUGCUCUGCAGGGCCGUCAAGUACCUGCAGGUGCUGAGCAUGUUCGCCUCCACCUACAUGCUCAUCAUGAUGACCCUGGACCGCUACAUCGCCGUGUGCCAUCCGCUGCGCACCCUGCAACAGCCAGGCAGGCAGGCCUACCUGAUGAUUGGGGCCACCUGGGUGCUCAGUGGCCUCCUCAGCCUGCCCCAGGUCUUCAUCUUCUCAUUGCGGGAGGUGCACCAGGGCUCCGGGGUGCUGGACUGCUGGGCUGACUUCAGGUACCCCUGGGGCGCCCGGGCCUACAUCACCUGGACCACGCUGUGUGUCUUUGUCCUGCCCCUGGGCAUCCUCACCGCCUGCUACGGCCUCAUCUGCCACGAGAUCUGCAAGAACCUCCGGGGCAAGAUGCAGAGCGGGACAGAGACGGGAGCGGGGUGCCCCUGCGGCCAGGCCUCCCGGGUGAGCAGCAUACGCACCAUCUCCAGGGCCAAGAUCCGCACGGUGAAGAUGACCUUUGUCAUCGUGCUGGCCUACAUCGCCUGCUGGGCGCCCUUCUUCAGUGUGCAGAUGUGGUCAGUGUGGGACGAGAACGCCCCCAAUGACGAGUCCACCAACGUGGCAUUCACCAUCACCGUGCUGCUGGCCAGCCUCAGCAGCUGCUGCAACCCCUGGAUUUACAUGUUCUUCAGCGGGCACCUCCUGCACGACAUGCUGUGGUACGUCUCCUGCUGCAGGAGCCUCCGGCCUGGCCUCAAGAGGCGAGUCUCCAACGGGAGCCUCUGCAGCAGGAAAACCACCAUCCUGACUCAGAGCCACCGAACCGCCACCGCUGGGAUCCGGCUGCAGCAGGGAACCUUGAAAGAUUUCGGCCAGUCCUACGAGGACACGGUGACGGAGGCGGGUGUGCUCUAGAACCACCGCUUGCGCCAGCUGCCAUUGUGGGAUGCACGCCCCUGCUUGCAUACUCCUCGCUGUUUGCCUGUCA